CACCACCCGAUAGGGCUUCUUCCCCAAUCUCGCUGCCGCCGCCGGAUUUGCUCCCCCUCGCGAUUCCUCUUGCGCCGCCGCCGGAUUCGCUCCCCUCGCGUGCUCGUCGCCGUUGCGCUGCGCCGGGUUGUGGUUGUUCUUGGCGGCUAGGUCGUGGGGUUUUCUUGUUUCGGAGGUAGGGAGAGGUUUCGUUAGGGUUUCGGGCGGGGAUGGAGGAGGUGACGGAGGCGGUGAGCAACCUGUCCAUCACGGAGCCGCACAAGAAGAACCGGAUCCAGGUCUCCAACACCAAGAAGCCGCUCUUCUUCUACGUCAACCUCGCCAAGAGAUACAUGCAGCAGCAUAAUGAGGUGGAGCUCUCGGCGCUCGGCAUGGCCAUUGCCACUGUGGUGACUGUUGCGGAAAUUCUAAAAAAUAAUGGCCUUGCUGUUGAAAAGAAGAUCAUGACAUCAACUGUUGAUGUCAAAGACGACUCAAGGAGCCGUCCUAUGCAGAAGGCGAAGAUUGAAAUUUUGCUUGGGAAGACGGAGAAGUUUGAUGAGCUGAUGGCAGCUGCUGCCGAGGAGAGGGAAGCCGCGGCUGCUGCUGAGGGCGAGGAACAAGGCUAGCUAAAUAAACUAUUUUAAGUUGGCUGUUGAGUUUAAUUUAGUACUCCUGCUAGGUUUAAGUUUCCGUUUAUUGUGGUCAGCAAGAGACUUAUCUUGUGUAAUCAAAAAGCUCUGCUUAUUUGAUUCGUUUGAAUGAUAGUUCAUGGUGCCUAUUUUUGUUA